UUUUUGUAAUAAUGAAAUUAAGUAUGAAUUCUUCACUUGUCUGUAGCGCCCUCGAAACUAACACCUCCUACCGCCCUUUAAUCUGAAAAUCACCCAAAGAACUUUUUUUUUUUAUUUUGUAGUAAUUAACAUGAACAAAAUAAACAGCAGCAACCCCACUGCCAGCAGCAGCAGCAGUGGCAGCAGCAGCAGUGGCAGCAGCAGCAGUGGCAGCAGCAGAAGUGGCAGCAGCAGCAGUGGCAGCAACAGCAGUGGCAGCAGCAGUAGUGGCAGCAGCAGCAGCAGCAACAACAACAGCAGCAGCAGCAGCAGCAACAGUAGCAGUGGCAGCAGCAGAAGCCGCCAAGUUUCUGCGAAGAAGGCUAGGCUGAGCCCUUCAUUGCUGUACUCGCCGCUGCCCCGAACGCCAACAUCCUCGUUGGAGAGGCCAAUGACGCCACGAGCCGCGGUUACGCCACGGUCGUCGGUUCUCCAACCGGUUGUUGGCUCCAACGGCUGCUCCAGAGCUCGUCGUGGGGCGAGGCGAAACUUGGCCGCCGAGUAUGUCGGCGACCAAGAGAACGUAGACCCGACAGCUCCACCAGAAUUAUCACUAUUUGAUGAAUUGGAGGAAUUUUUGGUUCUUAGGAAUGCGAUCACAGCAGGAGGAGCACAGCAGGAGGAGCAGCAGCAACAACCGCAACACCUCGAACCACUACCACAACAGCAACAGCAAUCACCAGAACAGCAACAUCCACUACAACAUCAACAACCACCACCACAACACCAACAACCACCACAACAUAUUCAACCACCACAACACCAACAACCACUACCACAACAGCAACAGCAAUCACCACAACAUCAACAACCACCACCACAACACCAACAACCACCACAACAUAUUCAACCACCACAACACCAACAAUCACCACCACAACAGGAGCAGGCACAGCUGCAAGAUGACCAAGAAGAGCAGCUACCUCCCCCCUUACCUCCUCACCCGAUACCGGAAGCGGUAGCGAAUGGCUUCCGUGGACCGCAGAGGAGGUCUAGGGGAAAGUUUGCCCACAAUCGGGACUUCAUAAGGGAGUUAGAACCGAUGCCGGAUCUGGAAGGCUACCCGGUCGGCAACCUGAAAUUUUGUACUGCUACACAUGUGCGUAAAGCACUAUAUGUAGCAGCCAAUUUUUUCAGGUUGACGGGCGGGCGGUUUCCUCGUCAGACAGACCGUAUGCAAAAGUCAUACCAUGCGUGUCUACGCACCGUAGACAAGCAUGUUUGCGAGAUGGGGGCACAGAAGUUUUCCCUGUACGGUCUGUCUGUAGAGGAAGCCCAAGCCUUUUAUGAUGCGGCAUAUGGGAGCUACCUUAUGAGGAAAAAUGAUCCUACCCGAAGGGGUAGACGACGAUGAAGCUUUGUUGCACACAUGCACGCACACACAUACACAUGCACGCACAUACACAUGCACAUACAUACGUUCCACAUGCAUACACACAUACACACAUACACACAUAUACACGCAAAUACAUACGUUCCACAUGCGCAUACACACACAUGCACACACA